AUGUUAGGCUACUUUUGGGCAUUUCUGCCCUUUGUUUUCUCCCAGGAGACAUUUACUCAGCUUUACAGCGAUAAAAUCCGAUUUCCCGAUGGGAACUCGCGACAACUCAACAUCCCUGUCACUCCUUUCUCCAAGACCUCUCAAAUGGUGAAAAUCGACGACGAUGCCGUCAUUUUUCGCGAUACUUCUUCUUCCGCUGAGACAUUCUGGCUUUGGCUUUCCGACUCUCCGGCGAACUUCACCAAGCUUCGUCUUCAAACCGGGGAUGUUAACAACUCCCCUGGAUGUCUCAUAGACGCCGGCUCAGCCAUCGACACCAGUGGAACUCCGCAGCGCGUGGUCACUCGAGUUUGCCCUGGAAACGCACAGUUUCAGAUCGAUCAAUGGCUUAUUGACGACACCCUUUUCCAGCCGCUUUUUUCGACUUCAUAUGUUUUCGAAGACCCUGACAUCAUUUCAAUCGCGCAAAUUUCUCCACAAAUCGUCUUUUUGGCGAGUUCCCGAAGACUUUUCUAUUACAACUUGAGGAUGACUGAGCCUUACAUUAUUAAUGAAUUCUUUAUGCCAAUAACAACGGCCGUUCUGAAGAGCCAGGAUGACGAAGACACCGGAAAAGUCUACUUUCAUAUGUCAACGGAUCAAGGCUUCAACACCACAUACUUCUGGCUCGGAGAACUUCUUUCUGGAGAAAAUGUCGAGUACCAAUUCAACUGGAACUGGGAUUGGACUUUGCAAGUAACAGACGGAGUCAUCACGGACUUUGAUUUUCAAAUCGCGGGCGGAAAUUAUACCGACUCUCUUGCCAAGAUCAUGUCUGUCGAUGUCGCAUCAGUGAAUAUUCGAUAUGAAGACGGGACUUGGUGGAGAAUGGGAAGUACAAAACAAGGAGUUCCUUUCGGAAAUGCAACUGCAUUGGGAGUUGUUGAUUGGGGACAGAAACAAACAGAAAAGAGCUUGGAGGCUAGAACUCUCGAAGAUGCUGGAAUCGUUGCGUUCGUUGGUACCAAAUCGGGUGUUUUUUAUCUCGAAGAUGGAAGUCAAUCCCCUUGGAGAGUGCUUGAAGGUUAUCGCUGGUUAGUUGGAAAUGAAGUAGAGCAGUUAAAUGUCUUGAACGGGAAUAAUCCCGGCGCAUUUGUCAGAACUCAGGACGGUCUGAGCUGGAUUACGAGGAAUACUUCGCAAUCAUUUGCGGACAAAUCUGAUCAGGUGCUUGAAGUUUACAAUUCUGGCCGCCACGGUCAGCGAAAUCUCGGAGUCGACCAUCCAAUGAACGGGCUCGUUUCGCAGAUCAGCUUCCCAGAGUUCGGAAAUCCGGAGAAAAACUUUUCUCAAAGUGCAAAUGACAAUGAUAGUCUUUGGACGUCAAUGCUUCUUGCUGCUGAAUGCUUUAGAUUUUCUGUUACUGGAGAUGAGCGAGCGAAAACGAAUGCAUACAAGAUGUUCAAUGGAACAAGAUUAUUGCAGCACGUGACUGGUCAUUCCGGGCUCAUUGCUCGGGCAGUCUCGACGACACAAGAAAGCUCAAUUUGGCAGAAAUGGGAAGCAAAUGAGAUUCCUUACACAAUGCCGGAUUACGAUGGGAUCCCGACUCGCUGGGGUCAUUGGGACCCGUACUCAGUCAACUUCGACAUGGACCGAUAUUCUGAGCGAGGCCUCAACUCCUUACAAAUCUUAACCUACCUCGCUGGAGCAGAAGUUCUCACGAAAAAAUAUGGAAUGACAGCAAAGAAUAACUACAUGUCGCAUUUUGACUACCUCUACAACAAAAUGGACUACAAGCGAAACCUUGGAAACGUAAAAUUACAGGCAGCAAGCGAGGAUAAUUACAGUGACGAUGAGCAGCAGUUUCUCGCUUAUUACUUGUUCUACUUCACUGUUUUGAAGAACGAGCAUCUUUCUAGCCUUGAUAAAGAGACAAUUACUGUCUUUAAAAAUUCUAUCUACAAGACCUGGAAGCACGUCAGCUUCUCCGAAAAUUCCGUUUUUGCUGGCGUCGCUCUUUCGUUUCUAGGAGACGAUCUAUCGGACACUGAUAAGAAAUUCACAAGAGAUAUUCUGAUCAAGGACUUGACCAGGAUUCCGAUUUCUCAAGUCACCUGGGAUUACGACGCGACUCCGGGAAGUAACAGAAAAGACAUGUAUCUUGAUCCACAAGAAGAUCGACGAGGAAACUUUGGAACCCACGUGACAAUUCCCAUCCCAAAAGACGAGCAAGCAUAUCUGCAAUGGAACAAGGACCCAUUUAUGUAUGGACCCAGUAACGGUCAGAACUUUGAAUUCCCGGGAACUGUGUAUUUGCCAGGGUUCGGUAAUUUGAGCUCACGCUAA